CUGUUGUUGUACGAGUGAUUGACAAAUGGAAUAAAUUCCAAAAUGUUCGUAUGCUACUAGAUAAUGGAUCUAUGUCUAAUCUUUUAACGAUGACUUGUUGUCAAAGAUUAGGUUUACCAUUUUCCAAAUUAAAUUCAAGUGUUUUUGGUAUAGGCGGUAAUGCCCAAUUUAUAAAUGGUAAAACAAAUAUGACUAUUUAUUCAAGGGUUAACCCAGACAUAAAACUUGAUUUAGAAAUUUUAUUAAUUGAAAAAGUUACCCCUUCUCUACCAGAGAUUGUAGUUGACAUUAGUCGUUUAGAGCAUCUUAAAAAUAUAACGCUAGCUGAUCCAAAUUUUCAUUUACCUGGAAAUAUUGAUGGGAUAAUAGGAGCUACAGUAUUUGCAGAAAUAAUGGGUAAUAGUAAAAUAAGAGAUCCUAAAGAUACCCUAACUGCAUUUGAAACAUCUUUAGAACAAGGAAUUGAUGAAGAUUCCCUAUUCCUCCUAACUGAGGAUAACAUUAAGGAAAUAAUUCCAACAAUUGGGCCACGUCUAAAAAUAUUGAAACGGAUUCAAGAACAUAAGGAACAAGAAAAACAAGUUUCAAUUAUUGUGGAUGAACUUCCAUCAGUUUCAACAAACUCAGAAUUUUCAGUAAGUUCAAAUGCAACAAUGGAAGAUAAUCUUGAAAUCGAAACAGAAUUGGAAAACCUGUUUAAUGAAUCUACGCAACCAGCAUCAUUAAGCAGCUUUGGACAGUGUUCUCUGCUGCCUGUGCAGGUUCCAGAGGAGCAACCCAGAAAGAAAAUAAAACUGAAUCCAGCUUUUCCAGAGGGUUUAGAAGCUAUUUUGAAAAGGUCAGUAGAUGGAAGAAUAGUUUUACUGCACAAAAACAACUUAAACAAUGACAUGAGGCAGAAGCUGUGUAAAGAAAUAAUAAAUUAUUUUUUAACAAUUUGUGAUGAUUGUACACUGAAUCUUUUCGUGGAAGCAGCGGAAGAAAUAUGUCAAUUGUUCCCCAACGAAUCAAAAGAAAUAUAUUAUAUUCCAUACCAACGUAAAUCUGGUAUUCAACCCAAACAAUCUGCAAGGGGAAAAUUGUGGUCCAGAUACUGCAAUGUAAAAUCUGCACUUAAAACUAUUAAUAAUUCCUUCCAAUCACAGCAACAGGCCACAUCAGAGAUUGAAAUUGAGGAAGAUUCCCAAGUACAGGAUUUAUAUAACGCCUUGAAGUGUAUGCUGGAACCAUAUACCAAGGUGCUCCAGUACUGGGAAAGGACUUUUGCUUUCCGAAGGAAGUUGUUCAAAAAUAAGAACAUUAAUAUAGCACAUAUAUUUAAUGAAAUCCCUGCGUUAAAACUACAUUUUGGUGCAGAAUUGAUUGACAGUGACUUCAAUCAAUUAUACCCAGAAAAAAUUGAUCUGAUAUAUACUACAUUCCCAAGGGUAUCGCAAGCAAUCAUAGCUUGUGCAAAAAGCAGAAAAAUUAAAGUUCUGGACAACGACACUGAUGUCGAUCAAUAUAUUACAGCACUUCUUACACUGCCAUAUUUAUUUGCUCCUAUUACAAUUCGUACCAGCUCACCAAGAUUAACAUGGAGGCCCUCUAGAUCUGAAACAGCAGACAGUUUUGUUUUAAACAUAAAGAAUUUAUCAGACUUGGAUUCCAUCGUUAAAAGACGAACAGAAAAAUUGAGGCUUCACCACUUAACUCUGCAGCCUUUUUUGGUGAUUUUAGGAGAACUCAACAAUAUCACUCGCAUUUUUGUUUGUAUCGAUGAGGUGAAGUAUCCAUGUGAUUCAAUUUUGAGGGCACUGGAGGUACUCUUUAAAACGUUCCACGCAUUUGAUGUGCGCUAUCCAGCGGAGAGCGAACACGUAUGGACAUUUUUGGAAGAAAUUUUGUAUAAUCUCAAAACUUCUAAACGUAACUCAGCCGCCUCUGCUCUUGUAGCGGAUUUGCGUCCGUUGUUAAACUAA